CACUUACAUCAGAAAUUCUUAGUAUUUUUCGAAUCGUCUCUAUAUGAACGUUUAUCUAGACUAUGUAAAGAAAGUAGUUACGCAACAUUUUAUGUGUGUUGAACGUGCACUGCGUAUCCCCAGAUUCUAAAGUUGGCAACAAAACCUGUUUGUUUUUGGCAUUUGGCGAUCGAUACUUGACGUUUCUCAACAUUUCCAAAACAAAUUAAUCUGACGUUACGUGAUAACCACACGGCCAAGUAAAAGGAGCACGAUCUCGUUCACCGCUUACGGUUUAGUACAUUUAUCAGUGCAGUGUCAUUCGGAUUAUCGCAUAUUCCAGCAGUUUUCGAGUGCAAGUUGCAUAUGCAAAACCAUAGCUAGACCUUACACUUUCUUUUUAUCGGCAGUAAGCCGCAUGAUGUCAACUUUUUCUGGUUCAAUCCGAACGGAAAGCCCAGAUCUCUCAACAAGGAGGAAGUACCAUCAACACAUCGUGAGAAUAUACUGAAUUUGAAAGUUUACAUAAGCGAAAAAUAUCCAUCAUGCCGGCGGUGCCUCUAGACAGGUUGCCCCUGCCUAAUUUGAGGGCAUACUCUAUGAUAAGUGUUGUGGCUCUUUCCAUGUGUAUCUACUAUGCCACCCAGGUGAUCAAGGAUCCUAAUUGGAAUAAAAUGACAGAGGUUGAUGGAAAGAGCAAUUUGCUACCAGUGCCCAGGAAUGCUUCUAGUACGGACAGCAAGUCAUUUGGACAGUUUGUUUCAGAUAUAUUUGCAGUAAUGAUUCGGGAACCAAUCUGUGUUUGGACGAUGAUCAACAUGGCGUUCUGCUGGUUGAUCCUGCUCGGCAGAGCCGUCCAGAAAUUGGUGUUUGGCGAGCUUCGAGUCUCGGAACAGCAACAAUUGCGUGAUAAAUUCUGGAAUUUCGUAUUUUAUAAAUUCAUCUUUGUCUUCGGUAUCAUCAACGUCCAGUAUAUCGAUGAGGUGCUGUUGUGGUGCUCUUGGUUCUCGUUGCUAGGCUUUUUGAAUCUGCUGUCGCAGCUGAGCAAGGAUAGGUUUGAAUAUUUAUCGUUUUCGCCAAGAACGCCAUUUUGGAGCCAUUUCAAGCUGAUGGUUCUCCUGGCCGUCAUCUUUGCCAUAUCCGGAUUCAUGCUGUUAGUAUCAGUUUUCGUAGGUUUCUUCGGGGGAUUCAACACAUUUGCUUUUAUGUCGGCAGAUGUCAUUCUCCUUUCUAUUAGAACGAUGCACGUGAUAUUAAGGUAUGCCCUCCAUCUGUACGACAUGCGCAAUGAAGGCGUAACUUCCGUCGGUUCGGCUGACGAGACAAAAGCAUGGGAGAAACGUGGGCCUAUCUCGUACUACAUCGAGCUGACAUUCGAAAUGACAGCUCUGUUCAUCGAUCUUAUCCACCAUCUGCAUAUGCUCUUGUGGAGUAACAUAUUCCUCUCCAUGGCUAGUCUGGUUAUCUGCAUGCAGUUGAGGUACCUGUUCCACGAAAUACAGAGGAGAUACAAGAAACAUCGCAAUUACUUAUGGGUUCGCGACCACCUAGAGCAAAAUUAUCCAAUGGCCGACGAAGAGGAACUCAGAGAGAAUUCCGACAACUGCGCCAUCUGCUGGGAGAAGAUGGAAUCUGCGAGGAAGUUACCAUGCUCUCAUCUUUUCCACAACACUUGCUUAUUGUCAUGGCUGGAGCAAGAUACGUCUUGUCCAACAUGCAGGAUGGCGUUGAACAUUCAUAAUCCAUCAGCUGCCAGAAUGGAACCUCCAGAGUUACAAGCGGAUCCUCAAGAGACAACAAGAAGGCCGUUCAACCAUUUCUUCCACUUUGAUGGUUCAAGAUAUGUAUCUUGGCUCCCAAGCUUUUCUGUUGAGGUCAGCCAUGUUCAACCAAUACGGCAGAAUUAUAUUGCUGCAUCAAAUUCACAGCUGGACGCUAUGGCUAGACAGGUCCAGACUCUGUUUCCCCACAUCCCUCUAUCUGUCAUAGUCGAUGAUUUGCGUGUGACGCGUUCUGUCGAACUAACAAUAGAAAAUGUGUUGGAUGGAAGAUUAGUGGCGCCGCAGAUGUUCAGAGAUUUGGACAUGGAUCAGCAAACGACAAGCAGGCCAGUUUCUCUGCUGAAUUUUGACGUGGAACCGACCACUACGAAGAGCUGGGACGACUUCCCAACUGAGACUGUUGAAGCCGAGGACACAGUUACAUUAGGCAGCCGCUUUUCAAAAUCCUCGGCGGAGCGCGAGAAGAUCCUACACAAACGCAAAGAACACCUCAUCCAAAUGGCGAGAAAGAGGUAUAUCGAGAAGCAGAAAGCGGCGGCCGCAGCGUCUGCGAAGUCCGACCUCCAGAGUUGA